CUGGAUUGAUGGUUUUGUCAGGGGGGUUUCAUCAAUUUAUAAAUCUUUUCUCAAUUAUAAUUUUUCUAAAUAAUAUAAAUUUUCUUUUCAGAAAUCAAUAGGAUUCGUAAAAAACAAAAAUAUACACGAGAAUGAUUCCCAAGAUAUAAAUGGAAAAUGAAAUUUGAUGAAAACAUGAACGGGUUCUAGUGAUCCAUAAUGGUAGGAAUGAGGCAUCGAAUUGAGCAUGGUAUUUAAUUCGGACGCGGCGGGAAGCGAUUCGUCGGCCUGUUACCUUCUCGCUGGUGCUUGCAAGCGAGGGAAAGGCCAGCGGAACGCGAGAGAGAAAACGCCAAGGGGGUGAAGAGGGGAGUGAAGGAGGAGGAGGAGGAGGGGAGGAGGAGGAGGAGGAGCAAGAGGCCGAGUGGUGCCAUUGGUGAUAGUGAAGAGAGAUAGUCGUCAAAGGAAUUGUAGGACCGGUCAAGAUUCCAAGUCUGCACGCUAACAAUAUCGUGAGAUAUUAUGCGACGGCUCGGUAUGAAGAACAAGCAUAGAAAGUCUGAACUGGCGAGCGACAGCGAGCCGGAAGAAAAUGUCGACGCACGCGCGGCCAGUGACGACGACAACGACGACGAGACGCAGGCCGGUAAGACUAAGAACAAUAGCGCGCAAAAGUCCGCCACGAAGAGACGCUCGUCGCGCGGUACAUCAGUGCAGAAGCCGGCGACGAGCUCGAACGACGAUGUAAACUCUGACGAUUCUACGGUGGAACCGAAAGAGCGGGAAAAUGGCGAAAAGAAACAGUCACCGAAUAAGCGUAGAAAGAAGGAAGACCAGCGAGCGUCCACCUCGGCCCGCGACAAGCUGGACGCUGAGAACGAAUAUGAGGUCGAAAGGCUCAUCAAUGUUCGUACCAUUAAAGGCCGUCGACAGUUCUUGGUGAGAUGGGUAGGUUAUGGAGAAAAUGACGACACUUGGGAAAAUGAAAAGGAUUUGAAUUGUUCUCAGCUGAUAGAAGACUUUUUAGCCGAGGAAAAAGAUAAAGAGAAAGAAAAAGAAAUUAAAUUAUCAAAACCGGCCAAGACAGAAAAAUCUAAAAGAUCUUCCAGAAGUUCUUCCAAGAAACAAAUCCAAGAAACGGAAGGAACUGACGAAGAAGAUAGUGAAGAGGAAAAAGAGAUCUCAAAGGAAUUUGAGGUCGAAAGAAUAAUAGAGGUACGUUUUAAGAAAAAUGGCACAAAAGAAUUUUUAAUCAGAUGGAAAGGAUUCAGUGUAUCUGACGACACAUGGGAACCGGAGAGAAAUCUAAAUUGUCCAGAACUCAUAGCAAAGUUUAUGGAAAAGUUAGAAAAAGCGAAGACCUCCGAAAUGCGGGAACUCCGAGCAAAUCGGGUACACACUAAACGGUACACAUUAUCAGCACAACCCCGUGGAAGGAGAUUAUCGAAACGUAAUAAAGACAAACAAAGGGCAACUUACCAUGAAUGUGAUGAAUGAAGAAUAUCGAAAUCCCAAUCUUUAUUUUAUUCAAACAAAAUUUAUAUUUUUUUUACAUAUAUAUAUAUAUAUAUAUAUA